CGGCAGACAAGCAGGACUGGCUUGCAACAUUGUUUCGUUGCGGUCUUUCCGCUUCUGCUGCAAAGUCAAGUGAAGUCACAAUGAUCAUAGCCGCCACUGAUUGUCUCUGAAGGCGUUGGGAUCAAGGAAGGCUCCUUAAACAUAGCCUACUGGUUCUGUAUGGUAGCCUACCUGCUCUUGCUAACAUUUAAGGAUGUCUUCAUGACGUUUGUAACGGACCCAACGCAUCCAUCGCUGUUGCUAGAGACCAGUGGGGCCGCGUAGCAAGUGUAGCCUAUCGACAGUUAAAGAAGCCGUCUAGCAAGCUAUGCUGGCCAGCACCAUAACGAUGUGUAUGUGGGUCUGCAGCGGCGAAUAGAUCUGCAUUACCUCUUCCGCUGAUUUGGAUUCCUUCAUUCAAUUCAUCCUUCAAAACCUGGACUCUAUCGGAGGUGUUUAUGAAGACAUUGUGUGGACAGUAAUGACCGCACGCUUCCGGUUGCCCGCUGGCAGAAACUACAAUGUCCGAGCGUCGGAGCUGGUACAAGACAGGCAGCACACAGACGUGCUCUGCAGUGUACUCCUGCUGGAUAACACAGUUCAAGCCUUCAAAGUUGAUAAGCUCGAUCAAGGACAGAUCCUGCUGGAUGUAGUGUUCAAACACCUGGAGCUGACUGAGAGAGAUUACUUUGGCUUGCAGCUGGCUGAUGAUCCGGCUGACAGUCAGAGGUGGCUUGACCCAGUAAAACCCAUCCGGAAGCAACUGAAAAAGGGAUCUCAGAACUGUUUGAACUUCAGAGUCAAAUUCUUUGUAACCGACCCAAACAAACUUCAGGAAGAGUACACAAGGUAUCAGUACUUUCUUCAGAUUAAGCAGGACAUCCUGAGUGGAAGACUGCCCUGUCCCUACAACACUGCAGCUCUCUUGGCAUCCUAUGCUGUUCAAUCGGAGCUGGGAGACUACAACCACGCUGAACACUUGCCUGGUUACCUCUCAGAAUACUGUUUCAUCCCCAAUGCGCCACAGGACUUUGAGAAAGAGGUCGCCAAAUGUCAUCAGCAACACACAGGACUGUCUCCUGCCCAGUCGGAGUUCAGCUAUCUAAACACAGCACAUACACUGGAGUUCUAUGGAGUAGAACUGCACUAUGCCAGAGAUCCAAGUAACACAGAGAUAUUCAUGGGAGUGAUGUCUCUAGGCAUUGUCAUACAUAAGAACAGGCUACGAAUCCACACUUUUCCAUGGGUGAAUAUAGUGAAAAUUUCAUUCAAAUGUAGACGAUUUUUUAUUCAACUCCGGAAAGAUUUACCUGAAAGUCGUGAGGCUCUGCUGUGCUUCAACAUGGCCAGCUACCGGGCUUGUAAGAACCUGUGGAAGGCCUGUGUGGAGCACCACACUUUCUUCCGUCUGGAGAGACCCCUGCCCCUACAGAAGAACUUCCUCACUCACUACUUCACACUGGGCUCCAAGUUCCGCUACUGUGGGAGGACGGAGGUUCAGUCUGUCCAGUACGGGAAAGAGAAGGCGGUGAAGGACAGAGUGUUUGUCAGGUCUCCCAGCAAGCCCCUGAUACGGAAGCUGAUGAGCGGGAUGGACUGGGAGUCCGACAGCAGAACCUCUCUGCAGGAGGACCGCAUGGAGACGCAGAGUCUGCCCACGCGCUCCCCGCCUGGCACGCCCAACCAUAGGGAGUCCCGCCCUCGCCCAUCCUCGGUAGGACACCUGCUGGAUCACGUGAUCAACACCUCGCCCCGUCAGGUGUUCGCCAAUCACAAGUCAGCCUCCUCAACCCAGGCCAAUAGCAUCAGUUUGGACUCUACCCUGUCACCUGAUACCACAAUAGAUGGCCAGCCCCCGGCCCUGCCCCCCAAGCAGAGCAGGAGGACCCUGUGCAGCCAGACCAGCCAGUCAGCCUCCCAGCUGGAGCUGGACAACCACAUCAACGAGCUGUACAACGUCCCCGGGGCAGCAAACAGGACAGUGUUGAAUGGAGAAGUUCCCCAUGACAAUCUAGUGUUGAUUAAGAUGUGCCCUGACGAACACGGUCGAUUCGGGUUCAAUGUGAAGGGUGGACUGGACCAGAAGAUGCCCGUCAUCGUGUCGCGAGUAGCCCCGGGAACAGCGGCGGACCUGUGCGUGCCCCGUCUCAACGAGGGGGACCAGGUGGUGCUGAUCAACGGCCGGGACAUCUCCAGCCUGUCCCACGACGAGGUGGUGCUGAUCAUCAAGGCCAGCUGCGAGGAGGAGCGCUCCAGGGAGCUGGUACUGCUGGUCCGGCCCAACGCAAUUUACGACGUGGUGGAUGAGAAUCUGGAUGCAGAGCCACAGUUCCAGUACCUUGCAGAGAGGGCACCCCAGUACCCUGCCCAGCACCACCACGACGCCUGGAGGGACUCCAUGCUGCAGCUGAAGCAAGGCCUGAACACCGGGGCUGUCCUGUCACAGUUUGAUCAACUGUACCGGAAAAGACCUGGACUAAUGAUGUCCCAUGCCAAAUUAUCUCAGAACAUUUCCAAAAAUCGAUAUAGAGACAUUUCUCCAUACGAUGCAACACGGGUCAUUCUGAAGGGCGAGAAUGACUACAUCAACGCAAACUACAUCAACAUGGAGAUCAUGGGAAGUGGUCAAACCAACCGAUACAUCGCAUGCCAGGGGCCCCUGCCAGGGACGUGCCCAGACUUCUGGCAGAUGACCUGGGAGCAGGGCUCCACCAUGGUGGUCAUGCUCACCACCCAGGUGGAGCGAGGACGGGUGAAGUGUCACCAGUACUGGCCCAAUCCGGACAACAGCACCACCUACGGGAACUUCCAGGUGGCCUGUGAGUCUGAAGAGGGGGAUGCAGCCUUCCUGGUCAGAGAGAUGACCCUCACUCACCUGGAGAGCCAGGAGAGCAGGCAGCUGACCCAGAUCCAGUACAUGGCCUGGCCAGACCAUGGUGUGCCGGAUGACUCCACUAACUUCCUGGAAUUGGUGAGCCUGGUGCGCAGACGGAGAGCAGGGGGGGAGGAGCCAGUGGUGGUCCACUGCAGCGCCGGGAUUGGUCGGACUGGGGUUCUCAUCACCAUGGAAACUGCCAUGUGUUUGAUUGAGGGCAACCAGCCAGUGUAUCCCCUGGAUAUCGUGAGGACAAUGAGAGACCAGAGGGCAAUGAUGAUCCAGACCCCAAGCCAGUAUCGCUUUGUUUGCGAGGCCAUCCUGAAGGUGUACGAGGAGGAGCUGGUGAAACCGCUGACACCCACAAGCCCUGUAACCCCCCAUGAGACCCCUGCAGUCUGAGCAGAGGUGGAGGCAGCCUGGGGCCAGCAGGGAGGGUCACAGAGACUCAGACCCCAGUCAGACUGUCUCCCUGACCAUCAGGCUGGAGCCUGCAGCACAGACAGGAGAUCUUACUGACGGUUCAAACUAGCACUGUUGCACUUUAUGUUGACAAACAUGACUCGGAAGUUGACAAGCGAAAGCGAGAGACGUGGUGGACCACGAUCGGAGAUCUUUUUGAGGGAUGUGUUGCGCUCAGGGUGGAAGUCUGGACAUCCCUGUGGUGCCCUCAACACAGAUGAGCCUUCAGGAGAACGUGGAGGCAACGGACUUCCAAUCCGCCGACACAUCACCCCGAGUCAGAGUUAGGAUGAGAUGUUGCUUCUUGUCUGUUCGUAAACUCCACAGCCUUUUCUCUUGGAAAAUAGAGAUUUGGGGAAUUUCUUUUAAGAGUCCAGAUGAUAUCUGAUUAGGCCUGACCUUCUCUGCGUUGUCUUUUUUAAGGAGCGUUGAGACGUGUGCUUCAGAUGGGCUUUGAUGUGUACUCUGACAUGUACAGACGCGACAUGAAGGAGGUAUACACCAUGGUCCCACUCUGAUCCACUCUCUCCCGGAGUCACCCCGGCUAAUAGGCAUGAAUCCCACCGUGGGAUUGGUCCUUGACGUCAUACAUACGGUACAUGCAGAUCCUGCUGAUCAGUGGACAUAUGUGCAGUGGUGCACAGGUGUUCAGGACUCGAAGCUCUUUCAGAUCAGGGGGAGCUCCCUUUGUAGGCCCUACAGCUGCUGUAGCUGUUGUUAUUAUUGUUGCUCUUUAGGCAGCUAUUGAACUAUAGUUCAGAUCGCUGAGUUCGCUGGUACACUGGGCUCACUAAGAUGUUCUACAGUCCUUGACGGUAUUAUACCACAAGAGUUAUCAUUUUUAGAGUAUAAAUAAAGUUGCACUCUUUUUUUUUUGAAAAUCAAGCCAAGACUUCUAAUAUCUUUUGUCUUGAGCUAUUGAAAUUAAAAUGAAACAAACUCUCUCCUUUACUCUGAAUCACAGUUGGAUGUCAUGAAGGAAAUGAACCCUUUCUAAAUUCAUAGGUCGACGGCAGGCAUUCUACAAUGUUUUGCGCUUGACAGAGCAACAUAUUGUUGGUACUGAAGAAGUUGUCAUAAUUUAAGUUAGAGGUUGUUUAUUUUGAUCUGUGAAAGAUUACAGUGAAAGACUAUAGCAAGAAAACAUUACUGGUUAUUGUUUGAAAUUAAAUUGAAAGGUUAUUCUAAUGCCAUGCCUUGCAUCAAUUUACAGGGUUGGAUUUUCAUAUUAGGCAAAUACUGGUUUUGAAGGUCAGUGUAUUAUGACUCCAUAGUGGUGUAAGAUACAGUAAGUAAAAGCCUAAAUAUGCUUGCAUUAUGGUAUUAGAAACCUCCAGGAUCCAUUCAACCUAAAUAUCUAGAUUGACCAUAUUGCAUAUGGCUGGAUUAGGCAUUGAAUCUAUUCAUAUCAACCCACCAGUUAUGAUGAAUAUUACAGCUCCAAAGUCAUGCAAACAUUGACUCGAAAGUGGCUUUUGUACGAUUUGAAAGUUCAUGUUUAAAAUGGAAAGAAACUUUCUGUUUGUUUUUGUUUGACCAUGCUGAUUUCUGACUGAACAGUGCCACUUUUUUUAGUCACACUUGUAAAAUAUUGUAUAGGCCUAACAUGUUUCAGAUCUGUCUGAAAAACUAACUGUAGAUACACAGAUGAGGAUUGGGCUUUCAUGAUUCAUACUGUAUGUUCAUCCUUGGGAAUGUUCAGCAAUUCUUCAGAAUUAGUCACGUGUUGCCAAACUAUGAGCCAUGUUUGCUUUCAAUAUUUUUAUACAAUAUGCAACCUUGCUUCUUUGUAAUGGACAGCACUUGGCAAACAACUUACGGGCAAAAUUAUCAAAUGAAAAGUGAAGAAAGAUGUGAAAUUAAGACUUAUUUUUUAUAAGAACCCCAAAAAGGUUAAAGAUUAAAUUUUACAGACAUUCAGUCCCUAAAGUGUGAAUAGCAUUGAUAAUUUAAUUAGAAUGGAGUUUGACAUGUUUGGCAGCAUUGCAGUGGUUUUAUGCAAUUAGAUAGUCCCCUUGUUCAGUUCAAAACACCCACAGCAGUUGGGAUGUGCAGCUUAAAGCCCUGUACGAAUGCAGAGCAUUUUACUAACGUGUUUGAUUAUGAAAGCGGGGCCAUUUUUGCCAAUGAAAUAUCAUUUGUGACUGUAGAUUUGCUUGUGCUUUCAACAUUAGACAUCAAGCUUGGCAUUUGCCCAAACUUAUUUGCAGAGACCUCUGAAAUGACCUCAUACAAUUAUAUUGACAAUGUUUACAUUUUAUGACUACGUUCGAUGAGUGUAUGGAUGGAUAUUUACUCAAGAUCAGUCCGUUUACAGAAGCUGCUGAUGCUACAUGUAGGGGAAAUCCACUGUCCGGGUGUUCAUCCAUGUCAUCAAAAACAUUUGAUGGAGGCACUGACUGGCUUUUUUUUGUUUGUUUGUUUUUUAUUGCACAGUGCAGUUGCACCUCCUCACCUCUUGGUACAGUAUCAGACAUUCUGCACAACUGUGAUGUAAAUAAGCUUCAUGAGUGACUAGUGGUAUAAAUUGUUUUUAAGAUAAAGGCAGGAGAUGUUCAUUGGUGUGAAGCUGUACAGAAAUUGAAUGUAUCGAUAUUUUAGGAUUUUAGGAAAACUUAUAUGGGAUGUACAAUUUUGGCUUUUGAUGGAAAAUAUUUUUCAUACUACUUGUAAAUGCAGGUUAAUGUCACAGAUUCACCUGGUUACUAAAUCAAUGGGCUCAUUUUAUCUGUGCUCUCAUGUUUUAUGUUGUAAAUAGGAGCAAUAUUAAGUAAAGUGCCAAUGUUCUGUUAGUAAAGUCUAAUUUCUGCUGUAACAAUUGACAAGUCUUUUCCCUUUCUAUGUGGUACUGUACCCAGCCCUAGCAG